AUCGUUAUAAUCGAAACACACCAUCACCUUUCUCUUCCUCGUUAUUAUUACAAACUCUUCAUCUUUUACUAGAUCACAACACUUCACAAUAGCCUAAACAUGGCACCCGGUAGCAAUCAUCCAACCGGCUCUCACCACGUGGCAGUGAUCGGAGCAGGAGCUGCCGGCCUGGUGGCUGCUCGUGAGCUACGUCGUGAAGGCCACUCAGUAGUCGUGUUAGAGCGCGGGAGCCAAAUCGGAGGCGUGUGGGCUUACACCUCUCAAGUGGAACCUGACCCGCUAAGCCUAGAUCCGGCGCGACCCGUAGUCCACUCCAGCCUCUACAAAUCCUUACGCACCAACAUCCCCCGAGAGUGCAUGGGUUUCACCGACUUCCCUUUUUCGACCCGACCGCACGACGGGUCGAGGGAUCCGAGAAGACAUCCGGGUCAUAGUGAGGUUCUUGCUUACCUUCGAGACUUUGCUAAAGAAUUCGAUAUAGAGGAGAUGAUACGGUUCGAGACGGAGGUUGUUAGGGCGGAGCCGGUGGCGGAUGAGGAGAAUAGCGGGAGGUGGAGGGUUGAGUCACGAAGCUCCGACGCUGUUGCCGAUGAGAUAUACGACGCCGUCGUGGUUUGUAACGGACACUAUACUGAGCCACGUCAUGCUCUUGUCUCUGGCAUAGAUUCAUGGCCAGGGAAGCAAAUUCAUAGCCACAAUUACCGUGUUCCUGAUCCAUUCAAAGAUCAGGUAGUAAUAGUGAUCGGAAGCUCGGCGAGUGGCGUUGAUAUAUGCAGAGAUAUAGCCAAAGUCGCCAAAGAAGUCCAUGUCUCGUCUAGAUCAACUUCACUAGAGACCUACGAGAAGCUUCCCGGUUACGACAACCUAUGGCUUCACCCAACGAUUGAAACUGCCCGCGAAGACGGUUCAGUGGUUUUCAAAAAUGGAAAGACGGUUUACGCCGAUACCAUUAUGCACUGUACAGGGUACAAGUAUUACUUCCCGUUUCUUGACACGAAAGGUGAAGUGACGGUGGACGAUAAUCGUGUUGGACCGUUGUAUAAGCAUGUAUUUCCUCCGGCUCUUGCCCCCGGCCUUUCGUUCAUCGGCCUACCAUGGCAGAUAACUCCUUUUCCGAUGUUUGAGCUUCAAAGCAAAUGGGUUGCCGCGGUUUUAUCUGGACGCGUAUCACUUCCAUCGCAAGACGAGAUGAUGGAAGACACUAAGGCUUUCUACGAUAAGCUCGAAGCCUCGGGCAUUCCCAAAAGAUAUACUCAUUUGAUGCCAGAUGACUCCCAGUUUGAGUAUGAUAAUUGGCUUGCGGAUCAAUGUGACUAUCCACGGAUUGAGAAAUGGAGAGAAGAAAUGUUUUACAUCGGUUUCAAGAGAAUUUAUGCACAGUCCGCUACAUACAGGGAUAAUUGGGACGAUGACCACCUCAUCGUUGAAGCAUACGAUGAUUUUGUUAAGUUUAUGUCAGGUUAUGCAGAACUUUUGCCGAUGUUGAAAACCUAAAAUUGAUGAUACGACUUUGGAGCUUUGUUGUGAAGACGGUGUUUGCGUAUGUGUUUUGUAAGUGUGCGUCUUGUGGCUGUUGUGUUCCGAGAAUGUGAAAGGUAUAGAGCAAUAAGCUAAUAACAUAGCCUAAAAAGAAUGUAUAUAUGGGGCUGCAUGUGAAAGAUAAUAGUAUGUUGCGUGAUUUCGGGAAUGUGUAAUAAUAAGGGGAUCAUUUAUAAAA